CAGCAGCCUUCAAGACAGGUGGAGGUUGCAGUGUCAGAGGAGGAGAUGUCUGGGGUGACUGAGGAAGGGGGAGCAGCUGAAGUAGAGCAGCAGCAGCAGCAGCAGCAUGAGUCUCCAUCUCGAGUUCCACACCCGCCUGAGCGACCUAGGAGGGAUGUGCGCCCUCCGGUGAGGCUGACCUAUGGGGGAAGAGGCAAGCCGAAUGUGGUGCAGGCUGGGAGUGUGGUUGAGCAGAUUGAGGAAGAUGAGAUCGCUCACUGCUACUGGGCACCAAUCCCUGAGCCCAAGACUCGAGAAGAGGCUUUGAAUGGACCAAAUGGGGAGAAGUGGAAGGCGAGUGAGGAUGAGGAGUUCGGGUCCCUAAUUGAGAACGAGACAUGGGACCUGUGUGACUUGCCUCCUGGAAAGAAGGCAAUCACUUCCAAGAUGAUCUACAGGCACAAGGUGCUGUUGGCGAUAGCUGCACUCCUGGGAUGGAAGAUUCGGCAGAUGGAUAUUGUGACUGCCUUUCUGAAUGGGAUCAUUAUGGAGGAGGUGUACAUGAAGCAGCCAGAGGGGCUGGAUGAUGGGAGCGGCAGGGUCUGCAGGCUGAAGAAGGCCAUCUAUGGCCUUAAGCAGGCGCCUCGUGCAUGGUAUCACAAGUUGGAGGAGGCGCUGGUGGCUGGGGGUUUCAAGAAGAUGAAAGCGGAUGGCACCAGCAUUGGGGGUUAUGUGUGCUUGCUAGGAGGUGGUGCUGUGAGCUGGCGCAGCAAGAAGCAGAAUGAGGUGGGAUUGUCCUCAUGUGAGACUGAGUACAUGGCCUUACACCAUGGGGCCAAGGAAGUGGUGUGGCUAAGGCGUUUGUUGGAGGAGUUGGGAGUUGGUCAGGAGAGCCGACA